CGCUGUGACUGUUACUCCAUCUCUUUUUGUCUGUAUUUCACAGUAAUGGACUGUGAUAGAGUUAAGGCCUUUUGGAGGUGAGCUGUGUCAGAGCUCAACCAUGUCUGAAGUAGCCACCGAGACUUUCCCCAGCCCUUCUGCUCAGUUGAGCCCUGAUGCAUCCCUUGAUGGGCUCCCGGCUGAGGAGAACAUGCCGGGGCCUCACAGAGAGGACAGCAGGGUCCCAGGGGUGGCAGGCCUGGCCGCGACCUGCUGUGUGUGCCUGGAGGCAGAGCGACUGAAGGGCUGCCUCAACUCCGAGAAGAUCUGCAUUGCCCCUAUCCUGGCUUGCCUGCUCAGCCUCUGCCUCUGCAUUGCUGGCCUCAAGUGGGUCUUUGUGGACAAGAUUUUUGAGUAUGACUCUCCUACACACCUUGACCCUGGGAGGAUAGGACAAGACCCAAGGAGCACUGUGGAUCCUACAGCUCUGUCUGCCUGGGUGCCUUCAGAGGUGUAUGCCUCACCCUUCCCCAUACCUAGCCUUGAAAGCAAGGCUGAAGUGACAGUGCAAACUGACAGUUCGCUCGUGCCCUCCAGACCCUUCCUUCAGCCUUCUCUCUACAACCGCAUCCUAGAUGUUGGGUUGUGGUCCUCUGCUGCACCAUCACUGUCACCAACUUCCCCGGAGCCUACCAAGGCAUCUCAGGCACAAGCAACAGAAACCAGUCUCCAAACUGCUCCAAAACUUUCCACUUCCACAUCUACAACCGGGACAAGUCAUCUCACAAAAUGUGACAUAAAGCAGAAAGCCUUCUGUGUAAAUGGAGGAGAGUGUUACAUGGUUAAAGACCUCCCAAACCCUCCACGAUACUUAUGCAGGUGCCCAAAUGAAUUUACUGGUGAUCGCUGCCAAAACUACGUAAUGGCCAGCUUCUACAAGCAUCUUGGGAUUGAAUUUAUGGAAGCUGAGGAACUGUACCAGAAACGGGUGCUGACCAUAACUGGCAUUUGCAUUGCUCUUCUAGUAGUUGGCAUCAUGUGUGUGGUGGCCUACUGCAAAACCAAGAAGCAGAGGAAGAAGUUGCAUGACCGCCUUCGGCAGAGCCUUCGCUCAGAGAGGAACAAUGUGAUGAACAUGGCAAAUGGGCCUCACCACCCCAACCCACCACCAGACAAUGUCCAGCUGGUGAAUCAAUACGUUUCAAAAAACAUAAUCUCCAGUGAACGUGUCAUUGAGCGAGAAACAGAGACCUCGUUUUCCACAAGCCACUACACCUCAACAACACAUCAUUCCACGACAGUCACCCAGACCCCUAGCCACAGCUGGAGUAAUGGCCAUACUGAAAGCAUUCUCUCCGAAAGCCACUCCGUGCUCGUCAGCUCCUCAGUAGAGAAUAGCAGGCACACCAGCCCAACAGGCCCACGAGGCCGCCUCAAUGGCAUUGGUGGGCCACGGGAAGGCAACAGCUUCCUCCGGCAUGCAAGAGAGACCCCUGACUCCUACCGAGACUCUCCUCACAGUGAAAGGUAUGUCUCAGCUAUGACCACACCAGCUCGCAUGUCACCUGUUGAUUUCCACACUCCAACUUCUCCCAAGUCCCCUCCAUCUGAAAUGUCACCACCAGUUUCCAGCUUGACCAUCUCCAUCCCUUCGGUGGCGGUGAGUCCCUUCAUGGAUGAGGAGAGACCUCUGCUGUUGGUGACACCACCGCGGCUCCGUGAGAAGUACGACAACCACCUUCAGCAAUUCAACUCCUUCCACAACAAUCCCACCCAUGAGAGCAACAGUCUGCCACCCAGUCCUCUGAGGAUAGUGGAGGAUGAGGAGUAUGAGACCACACAAGAGUACGAACCAGCACAGGAGCCUCCAAAGAAACUCACCAACAGCCGGAGGGUGAAAAGAACAAAGCCCAAUGGCCAUAUUUCCAGCAGGGUAGAAGUGGACUCCGACACAAGCUCUCAGAGCACUAGCUCUGAGAGCGAAACAGAAGAUGAAAGAAUAGGUGAGGAUACACCAUUUCUUAGCAUACAAAAUCCCAUGGCAACUAGUCUGGAGCCAGCCGCUGCAUAUCGGCUGGCUGAGAGCAGGACUAACCCAGCAAAUCGCUUCUCCACACCAGAAGAGUUGCAAGCAAGGUUGUCCAGUGUAAUAGCUAACCAAGACCCUAUUGCUGUAUAAGACAUAAACAAAACACAUAGAUUCACAUGUAAAACUUUAUUUUAUAUAAUGAAGUAUUCCACCUUUAAAUUAAACAAUUUAUUUUAUUUUAGCAAUUCCGCUGAUAGAAAACAAGAGAGGAAAAAGAAACUUUUAUAAAUUAAGUAUACGUAUGUAAAAAUGUGUUAUGUGCCAUAUGUAGCAAUUUUUUACAGUAUUUCCAAAAUGGGGAAAGAUAUCAAUGGUGCCUUUAUGUUAUGUUAUGUUGAGAGCAAGUUUUGUACAGCUACAAUGAUUGCUGUCCCGUAGUAUUUUGCAAAAUCUUUUAGGCCUCAGUUGUUCUGGCUUUUUUGUGCACUGCAUUAUAAUAACUGGAUGUAUGAUUUACAAGAAUUGCAGAAGUCCCCAUUUGCUUGUUGUGGAAUCCCCAGGUCAAAAAGCCCUGUUAUGGCACUCCCACCCUAUCCACUUCACCAGGAAAAAAA